AUGUCCGUUCCACGGACCCACCGCCCAGGCGCCGCGACUACAACUGAUGCGUCGGCCGCUGCUGGUGUUUCAACAGGAUCCCACGAGCUACCGACAGAUGCUGUAUCAAGCGAAGUUUCCGAUACGCAACUGGAGUAUAUUGUUUAUGUACGGCUGCCCUUUCCGCGGCGUGGCUUCGUCAACCCUCCCCAGGUGUGCUGGAAUGAACAGAAGGAGCGGCAUCUCUGGCGUACGGUUAUGCGAGAGGACCGCACACAGCCUAUCGAUUGGAACAAGCUUGCCGAAGACCUCCAGGUCACCCCGCUCUUUUGCAUGCGUGUGAUAAGUCUGCUCAUCAACCAAGAGCAAGCCAAGCUGAUGAAGGCCGCAAGGAGACCGUCUACCUUUACCGCGCCUCGCGCUGGUUCCUCGACGCUGUCUCCAGAAUCGGAAUUGUUAUCACCAUCUUCUUCGAUCAUGUAUGAGAAAUCCCAACCCGCUUCCACGGAUGAUCCCGCCUGGGAGUUGGUGUCAUCGUUGGAAGAAUGUCGUCGAGCGCCGCAUAACGUUGAACCGGGGUCUGUGGUCGAAUGGGAUCUGGAUCCUUAG